CUGGAUGGAGAGGCACUGUGAGAGUAAAUUGUCUUGCCCAAGAACACAACACAAUGUCCCUGAGCAGGACUCAAACCUGGACAGCUCAAUCCAGAAGCGAGCACACUAACCAUGAGGCCACAACACCUCCUCAAACUGUUAUAGAAUGUACUAAUUAAUGGAAAAUUGUAAUUUAUCUUGUUUCAGGCAACCCAACGAUUUUUCUCUCAAGAACUUGGCGACCAUCUGUCCCCCUAUGAUUGCUUGGACCUAAUGAACCUGUGGUUUUUUCUGAUUGCCAUCAGCGACAGCUGUGCCAUCAUUGGUUCUUUGAUGAAAAUGCUGAUUGAUAUCAAUGAUAACACACAGUACACAGUUUGCAGCAUAUUUCUGGGUAUUGCAGUGCUGCUGACUUGGUGUGGAUUAUUAAGAUAUCUGGGACAUUUCAGGAAGUACAAUAUUCUGCUGGUUACAUUAAAGGCUUCGGCACCAAGCGUUCUGCGAUUCUGCGUGUGUGGCUCACUGCUAUACUUUGGCUUCUUGUUUUGCGGUUGGAUCGUCCUUGGACCUUAUCAUAUCAAGUUCCGCGACUUGUGGACUGUGUCAGAAUGUAUGUUCUCGUUGAUCAACGGUGACGACAUGUUCAUGACAUUUGCCGAGAUGAACCAAAAGAGUUAUGCUGUGUGGGUCUUCAGCAAAAUCUACCUGUACACCUUCAUCUCGCUCUUCAUUUAUGUGGUCCUCAGCUUGUUCAUUGGUAUCAUCAGUGAUACCUACGAGAGAAUCAAGGACUGGGGACAUCCCCCAUGCACAAAGCUACAGCGCUUUGUCCACGGUAACAACUGCCAGCGGUGUAACUCUGAGUACAGAGAGGAAGCGGGCGAAAACGAAGUUACCGGAGCAAGCACCACGGAAUAAUGACGCUUGAUUAAUUCUACUAUGAAACAUAUCGCAAUUUACUUUAAAAGAAAAAUUGUACGUCAUAGAGCCAGGCUUCUAUUGAGAAUUAAUUUUGUAUGGGAACUUCGUAAAAGUUUGAGUGGCAAGUUAACUUAUUUUUCUUGAAAAUGAUCUUUGGCCAACCUCAUUCACAAUUUCCUUUCUAACUCCUGGAGAAGAAAGAAAAAAGUCCUGAUUGAUAGUUUCUUUGCUCUCUCCUGGAAAAGAGAGAAAAAACAGUCGUGUAAAUUUGUAACAGGGAAUAGAAAAAUUCACUACGUAUUUUAAUUACUUUAGCUUUAAAGAUGAUUUCCGGUCCGUUCUGCGCAGUCUCAGCACCCUAAUAUUUUUGUGUCUCACUCGACGGAAUGCAAAUCGAUGUUUUUCAAUACAAACCACAUACCUUAUCUUUGAGGCCUUUCAAAUUCUUCUUCCAAGAGCUUCAUUGAUUUUUGCAUCCGUGAAGUUGUUUCAUCAAGUGAUAUGAGAAAGAACGAAGCAUAAAGCAUGAAGCUUCGCAACCAUUUACUUCAUGUAAGUAGUAGUGAAAUGUUAUAUUUUGUGAUGUCUUACAUGACACAAAUCAAAAAAACGUAAACAAACUCUUGAGAGUGCUCAGUACGGACUGGAAAUAAUCUUUAACUUUAUGGCAUAUCCCUCUGUAUAUAACAAUUCUACGAAUAUUUUUCAAGAUGUAAUUUGUACAAAAUUUAGGGCGUCUCAUUAAUAAAGAUACUAUAAUAAAAGGU